AUGCAACUCAAACUGAACCUCAUCUACCUCCUAACCCUGACCCUCGCCUCCCUCUCCGCCGCCUCUCCCGCCGCAGAAACCGGCGCAGCAGCAGCAGCAGGUACAGAUUCAGGCGCACAACCCCCAGCCCCGACCUCUACUGGCAGUAGUAGCAGUAGCGACAGCGACAGCAGCAGCCCCUACCAACAAUGCGCGAAGAAUAUCCUCGACGCCUGCCUCUCCCAAAUGAAACCCCAAAUGGACAAAUGUUCCGAUAAUGAUUGGUCGUGUUUGUGUACGCAGAGCAAGAAUAUGCUUACGUGUUAUAAUGACUGUCCCUCCGACCCAAACCAUACCUCCGCGGACCAACAGAAAAUGGAGUAUUGUAAUGCGGCGGAGGCGAAUUCGCUGUAUUCCACUUCUACUAGUGUUACUUCUUCCAGGACUGCCGUUUGUGGUAUGGUAGGGUUGAGGUGUGGGGAUGAUGUUGAAUUGUUUGGAAUAUAUUAA